GAAUUAGAUGAAGUGUGACCUAUACACUGUCAGUCAUAGGCGGUCAAGCAUCUGAAGCUCAUUCUGGAUUGCAAACACCCAGUAUCGCUGGGUUCUGAUAGCUAUGUAUAGAUUUGUUGAGCGGGAUAUCAAUGUAUUUGCACCAGUCACGCACCAGUCACAAGUGCAAGUCGCAAGUCCGAGUGGAGAAUACCGAAUACCGAGUUUCCACUAUCUGGAUGAAUUAACGGUUGCCAUUUCGCGUUUCACAGGUGGCGCUUUUCUUUUUCCUCUCCCUGGAGAUUUUUCGAUUUGGCUUUUUUGUUUUCAACUUUUGAUUGCCCAGCGCUUCUCAUGAUCACUAGUCACAUCAGGGAUAGCUGAACAUGGAUCUAUCACG